AUGGUUAUUAUAUCGUCUUUUGUUGCUUUUCAGCGCAUUGUGGUUACGGAGGAUCAUGUCACUUCUCCGAUGCGGCCAGUGAUUGAUGCGAUGUUGGAACGUCUUCCAAGGCACGAUGCAAAGGUGAGCUACCAGUAUGAGGCGAACGUUUACCAUUUUCUUGUUGAGAAUGAGGUUGUGUAUUGUUGCGUCUCAGGCAUUCAAUAUGAAAAUCGUACUGUAUUUGGUUUUUUGAUGCAGGUUCGCGAUUUAUUUAAAACCUGUUUUGCCGGAAGCGCGAGUAGAUAUCCUCGUUCUUCUGAGAUUACACCCGCUAUUUGCGGAAAAUUCCGUACUUCUCUUGCUACUUUGACACGUACAUUCAACGUAAACCCUCAAGCAGACAAGAUCGGGAAAAUAAAUGAGCAACUUGAUAGUACCAAAGAAGUUAUGUUGGAGAAUCUUGAUAAAUUGAUUGAUCGGGGCGACCGUAUUGAAAGCUUAUGUGAUAAAACAGAGCAGCUGCGAGAUGAGGCGCAAGGGUUUCAUUCAAAUGCCCGGGCCUUAAAGAGGAUAAUGCUACUGAGGAACAUCAAGCUUGCAAUUGCUCUCUUUCUUGUACUGGGUCUUGUUGGCAUAAUUAUCGCUUUUAUGGUUUGCGGAGUGGAUUUCAAGAAGUGCAAAAAGUAG